AACCCCAUUUUCCCUUGUCUCUCUCUCCUCUGGUCCAGCAUCAUCAUAAUAAUAAUAAUAAUAAUCCAAUCCGUCGUACAUCCUUCAUACCGUGUCGAAGGCCACCGGCUCCAGCGCUCAAAAUGUCGGUCAAAUUCGAGAAGGAAACAGUCAAGACCGCGACCAAGGUCGGCGAGGAACUCGCUCACAAGGUCGGAGAAAAAUUGACCGGAGGAAAGACGCAGAAUGGAUACCUGGCUGCGUACCUUAAGCAGCUCCAAUCGAACCCGCUCCGGACCAAAAUGAUCACCUCGGGGUCGCUCUUUGCCCUGCAGGAGAUCCUUGCUUCGUGGAUCGCGCACGAUCGCAGCAAGCAUGGCCAUUACUUCAAUUCCAGGAUACCAAAGAUGUCGAUUUACGGCGCUUUCAUCAGCGCUCCGCUUGGCCAUUUCUUGAUCGGUAUCCUGCAGAGGGUCUUUGCCGGCCGCACCAGUCUCAAGGCCAAGAUCCUACAGAUUCUGGCUAGCAACCUCAUUAUCUCGCCCAUCCAGAACGUCAUCUAUCUGGCCUCGAUGGCUAUCAUCGCUGGCGCUCGCACCUUCCACCAGGUCCGGGCUACUGUGAAGUCUGGAUUCUUCCGUGUGAUGAAGGUCAGCUGGGUUGUUUCGCCACUGUCGCUGGCAUUCGCCCAGAAGUUCCUCCCAGAGCAGACCUGGGUGCCGUUCUUCAACAUUGUUGGCUUCAUCAUCGGCACCUACAUCAAUGCCCAUACCAAGAAGAAGCGGCUCGAGGCAUUGAGACGCAAGCAAUACGGCUCUGGCAAGAGCUCCACCGGGCGCCCAGAAGACUACCCACCAAGACCGAAUUACUAGAUCGCCUUUUUCCUGCGUUACUUUUAAUGAUAUCCGUCGCGUCAUGGGUUCUCGAAGGAUAUUCUUUUGGAACUGGACAUACCCCCGAACGUUGCAUGUCGUCCCAUAAAUGCGCUCCUAUGGUUAUCAUUAUCCCCACGACGCCCUGGGAAAAGGCUCUCCAAGCUUACCUCUUUUACCCAGACUCCUUAAUCUCCACCCCUCCCCGUCAAGAUGAUUCCUGCGUCACGUCUGUUAUGCGAAGAAAGUUUUUACGAUGUCAUAUAGUUUUUUUGUUCCCAAACCUCUUCCCACAAUUUCCCUCGAAGCCCAAAUCUUUGUUGCUAUGACGGCUGCUGGUUGGGGGGGGAUUGAGUCUUUUCUGCUAUUUCACGUAAUCUGGUUUAUGUCCCAUUUUCUACAUCAAGUUACUCCCCCACCCUACCUCUAUGUAUGUCUAUCUAUAACUACUCCAUGAAUGGUCCAGGCUAGUUUUUCUGUUUCU